GUAGCAUCAAUAAGCAGAGAAUAUGACUGGUCGCGGUAAAGGAGGAAAGGGACUCGGAAAAGGAGGUGCCAAGCGUCAUCGCAAAGUUCUUCGUGAUAACAUCCAGGGAAUCACCAAGCCCGCCAUUCGCCGUCUGGCUCGUCGUGGUGGUGUAAAACGCAUCUCCGGUCUGAUCUACGAGGAGACACGAGGAGUGCUGAAGGUGUUCCUAGAAAAUGUCAUCCGAGAUGCAGUCACCUACACUGAACACGCCAAGCGCAAGACCGUCACCGCAAUGGAUGUCGUCUACGCUCUGAAGCGACAAGGACGCACUUUGUACGGAUUUGGAGUUGAAAUGGCACCGAAAACCAGUGGAAAGGCCGCCAAAAAAUCCGGCAAGGCAACGAAAGCCAUUGUGAAGGGAGACAAGAAAAAGCGUAAGCAACGCAGGAAGGAAAGCUACGCUAUCUACAUCUACAAGGUGUUGAAACAAGUCCACCCGGACACUGGAGUCUCGUCCAAGGCCAUGAGCAUCAUGAACAGCUUUGUUAACGACAUUUUCGAACGCAUUGCUAACGAAGCUUCUCGUCUGGCACAUUACAAUAAACGCUCGACGAUCACUUCCCGCGAAGUACAGACCGCCGUCCGUUUGCUGCUGCCAGGAGAGUUGGCCAAACACGCCGUCUCGGAAGGCACCAAAGCCGUCACCAAAUACACCAGCUCCAAUCUGUGCGAACUUGCGCAGAAAAUGACUGGUCGCGGUAAAGGAGGAAAGGGACUCGGAAAAGGAGGUGCCAAGCGUCAUCGCAAGGUUCUUCGUGAUAACAUCCAGGGAAUCACCAAACCCGCUAUUCGCCGUCUGGCUCGUCGUGGUGGUGUGAAACGCAUCUCCGGUCUGAUCUACGAGGAAACACGAGGAGUGUUGAAGGUGUUCCUGGAAAAUGUCAUCCGAGAUGCCGUUACAUACACUGAACACGCCAAGCGCAAGACAGUCACCGCAAUGGAUGUCGUCUAUGCUCUGAAACGGCAGGGACGCACUUUGUACGGUUUUGGAGGUUAA